AUGCUUGAGACCUACUGGAACCUCACUGCUAUUGGCUAUAAUUUGGAAGUCCAUCAUACUGAAGAACAACAUCAAACUUCUAGACGUCAUGAAAGGCAUGAAAGAAGUCAUACUGGAGAGAAACCUUAUGAAUGUAACCAAUGUGGUAAAGCUUUUUCAAAUCACAGUAAUCUCCAAAGACAUAAAAGAACACAUACUGGAGAGAAACUUUAUGAAUGUGAUCAAUGUGGUAAAGCCUUUUCACAAAACAGUAGUCUCCAAUAUCAUAAAAGAACACAUACUGGAGAGAAACCUUAUGAAUGUAAUCAAUGUGGUAAAGCCUUUGCAGAUCACAGAGGUCUCCAAAGACAUAAAAGAACACAUACUGGAGAGAAACCUUAUGAAUGUAAUCAAUGUGGUAAAGGCUUUUCACGUCACAGUAGUCUCCAAAGUCAUAAAACUACACAUCUUGGAGAGAAGCCUCAUGAAUGUAAUCAAUGUGGUAAAGCCUUUUCACAUCACAUUAGUCUCCAAUAUCAUAAAAGAACACAUACUGAAGAGAAACCUUAUGAAUGUGAUCAAUGUGGAAAAGCCUUUUCACAAAACAAUAGUCUCCAAUAUCAUAAAAGAACACAUACUGGAGAGAAACCUUAUGAAUGUAAUCAAUGUGGUAAAGCCUUUGCAGAUCAUAGUGGUCUCCAAAGACAUAAAAGAACACAUACUGGAGAGAAACCUUAUGAAUGUAAUCAAUGUGGUAAAGCCUUUUCACGUCACAGUAGUCUCCAAUAUCAUAAAAGAACGCAUACUGAAGAGAAACCUUAUGAAUGUAAUCAAUGUGGUAAAGCCUUUUCACGUCACAGUAGUCUCCAAUAUCAUAAAAGAACACAUACUGGAGAGAAAUCUUAUGAAUGUAAUCAAUGUGGUAAAGCCUUUUCAGAACACAGUAAUCUCCAAAGACAUAAAAGAACACAUACUGGAUAG